AUGCGCCUAUUCACGGCAAAACGCAUGCAGUUUCUCUUCGCCGCUUCACUACGAUCCGCGGCAGCCGCAAAGAAGAAACGCCCCCUUUCACUUGUCGGUACGGCCUCCGCGAACGGUGAAAAGAAAUUCACGCGCCUUUCUGCGGGUGAAACUGGAGUUGUUCAGUUCGUUUGGUCUCUCUGGAUCAUCUGCGGCCCCCACCCCGAUGAGGAGAGUUUUACGAAGGCUGGUUGUGACGCCCUGCGCUCACUGACUCCGUUGCCUUACUUUUCCGUCGGCAGAGUCGUCUUUUCACGGGAAGAGUUGCUUUCCUGUCCAAGGAGAGCCUCAUUUCAUCGAGUGUAUGUACACACGUGGCCGGUGGGUUUCGUGUCUGCGGCACUGGCUGUGUCAAGUGACGCAACUCACUUUUCCUCACUUUGUGAAGAGGCUCUUCAGAUUCUUUCCGCGACACAUUUACGCUAUUUUUACGGAGUCGAUCCCUCUUGGUUUCGGGGCCCGAUUCGCUGUUGUGAAGAGGAGUUUUCUUCGUGACGGCCGCCAAGAAAAUUUCGCCUCGUCCUGGCGCUCUGUUCUUGUGCGAAAGCACAUGCAACGAUUUUUCCGCUCACGCGUCUCGACCUGCUUGACCGAUUGCCGGAGGCCAAAGGUUUCA